GGUGAGUCGGCGAGGAUGGCGCUGGUUGAUGUUCUGAGCUGUGGCGGCUCGGGGGCCGGGGCCGGGGCCGGGGGUCGAGUCGGUGGCGCGCCGAUUGGCCUCGGCUUGGAGCUGCCCCCGGCACAGCUUGGGGAUGAAGAGCCGACGGAACGGAUCGAGCUGCUACAUGGGACCACCACCCUGGGUUUGAAGUUUGCCCAGGGCGUGGUGAUCGCAGUGGACUCCCGAGCCACAGCUGGCUCCUACGUGGCCUCGCAGACGGUGAAGAAAGUGAUCGAGAUCAACCCCUACCUGCUGGGGACGAUGGCGGGAGGGGCGGCGGACUGCAGCUUCUGGCAGCGCCUGCUGGCCCGCCAGUGCCGUAUCUACCAGCUGCGCAACAAGCAGCGCAUCUCGGUGGCGGCCGCCUCCAAGCUGCUGGCCAACAUGGUGUAUCAGUACAAGGGCAUGGGGCUGUCCAUGGGCACCAUGAUCUGCGGCUGGGACAAGCGAGGACCAGGCCUGUACUACGUGGACAGUGAGGGCAACCGGGUGCCGGGCCAGAUCUUCUCAGUAGGCUCGGGCUCAGUCUAUGCCUACGGUGUGUUGGACCGUGGCUACCGGCACGAGAUGGAGCCAGAGGAGGCCUACGAGCUUGCCCGGCAGGCCAUCUACCACGCCACCGUCCGCGAUGCCUACUCCGGCGGCACCGUCACCCUCUACCACGUGCGGGAGAGCGGCUGGGUGCGCGUCUCCAGCGAGGACGUCGCAGACCUGCACCUCAAGUUUCGCGCCGGAGGCUGCAACUAGCGGGGAGCUGUUUGGGGAGAGGACUCCUCUGCUCUUUUUGGGGUGUGGGUUUCCUGUGUGUAUCUGCUGUCCAGUGCUGGAACCUGAGAAUAAAAUCUUGUUACUUGUAAA